AUGGAGAAUAUUACCAUGGUGGAUGAAUUUUUUUUACUUGGCCUGACUGCUGUUCAGGAGCUACAACCUGUCUUCUUUGUGAUAUUCUUGAUCAUUUACCUGAUAAACUUGGUUGGAAAUGCAGCUAUAUUAAUAAUUGUUAUUUUGGAGCCCAAACUCCAUUCCCCUAUGUAUUUUUUCCUGGGAAAUCUUUCAUGCCUGGAUAUUUGUUAUUCUUCAGUAACCUUGCCCAAGGUGCUUGUAAACCUCCUGUCCACACAGAAGACCAUAUCUUUUCUAGGCUGCAUCACUCAGCUACAUUUCUUCCAUUUUCUGGGAAGCACAGAAGCCAUCUUGCUGGCUGUCAUGGCCUUUGAUCGCUUUGUGGCCAUCUGCAACCCCCUGCGCUAUACCGUCAUUAUGAACCCUCGGCUGUGUGUUCUGUUGGCAGCUGUAGCCUGGAUGAUCAGCUUCUUUUAUGCUCUGAUGCAUUCUGUCAUGACUGCACGCCUGAACUUCUGUCACUCUUGGAAGCUCAAUCACUUCUUCUGCGAUGUCAAGCCCCUCUUGGAACUGGCCUGUAACAACACAGAACUCAACCAGUGGCUUCUUUCUGUUGUCACAGGCAGCAUAUCCAUGGGAGCUUUCUUCCUCACGCUCCUUUCCUACUUCUACAUUAUUAGCUAUCUGCUCUUUAAGAACCGGUCCUGCAGAAUUCUUCAGAAAGCUCUCUCUACUUGUGCCUCACAUUUCACGGUGGUAUGUCUUUUCUACGGACCUGUGGGUUUUACAUACAUUCGCCCUGCCUCAGCCACAUCCAUGAGUGAGGACCGGAUGGUGGCCAUCAUUUAUAGCGCAGUCACCCCGGUGCUGAAUCCACUAAUAUACACGCUUCGGAAUAAAGAAGUGAUGUUGGCUCUGAAGAUAUUUGGGAUAAAGUUCGUUAAAGACUGCCUACAGCACCAAGAGGACAAAUGA